CGGGCCUCAGAAGCUCGCUCAUGGUCGAGACAGAAGAUGUUAAACUCUUUAAUUAGAAACAUUUAUAAAGUAAUAAUCCCCUGAGGGACAGAACUGAGUUGUUGAGGCUUCUUCACCCACAUGAUGGAUAAUAUGAGUGUUUACUGAAGACCAGAAUCAAACGAAGGAAGAAGCCAUUUUAAUAAAACAGGAAGUGGAUCCGGAGCAGCAGCUGGAGAGUCAGUGACAUGUGAGAGUCAUGGAGGACGGAGGUUUGUCAGAGGAGGCUGUGAGCGCCGCCUGCAAAGAGGGAGACCCCAUCACCAAGGACUACAUGAUGCAGCAGACGAUGCUGAGGGUCAAAGAUCCGCUCAGAUCUCUGGACUUCUACACUCGGAUCCUCGGGAUGACGUUUUUGCAGAAGAUCGACUUCCCCUCGAUGCGCUUCACGCUCUACUUCCUGGGUUACGAGGACAAGCUGGACAUCCCUGCCGACCUCCGAGAGAGGACAGCGUGGACCUUCUCCCGCCGAGGAACCAUCGAGCUCACUCAUAACUGGGGAUCGGAGACGGAGCAAAACCUGUCCUAUCACAACGGGAACAACAAACCCAUAGGAUUUGGUCACAUCGGUAUCUGUGUCCCUGAUGUCUCUGCUGCCUGUAAACUGUUUGAGGAUCAGCGUGUAAAGUUUGUGAAGAAACCAGAGUCUGGUAAAGUGAAGGACUUGGCCUUCAUUCAGGACCCGGACGGAUACUGGAUCGAGAUCUUCAGUGCGAAGAACAUGGUGGUCCUGAUGUCCCCGUGAAGAAGAGACACAGGAAGAAGACUCUGGACAUUUAUGAUCAUAACACAUGAAAUCCAUAAAAACCUUAUUCUUACUAAA